AGACGACAGAACAAGAUCCUCUCGCUGGUACAGCGUACGUACCGGUCCCAGGUGCCUGGUACCAGUAUUCUAGUAUCUGUGGAGGCGCGCCGCUUUAACCACCCAAAAAAAUUGUCGCGUUUUUGUUCCCGGCCAGGCCUUCAUCUUCGAAAUGCUAGUAGUACCAUUGAUCCAUAUCAAAUAGUUGGCUAGCGUACCGGUAUAGAUUUGCAAUCGAAACGAAGAGACGAACAUGUUUUUAUCCAAGUUGCGCAGUGAUGGAAAGCUCCAGUUCCAAUGUUGGCUCGUCUUUCUCGCCUGUUUCUACAGUGUGAUUGGUGUUGUUGCCAUGUUAGUGCAGCUGCAUCUUGCGAGUGACGACCAAGCAAGUCGUUGGUUGGACUAUGUCGGGACUAUUACUCUAUCCCUGCUGUACACUCGAGCAUUGACCCACCAUACCACACUUUGGCUUCUCAAGAAAUGGAGUAGAACUUGCAGCACCCUUCCAAGCCAGAUCCAAGAUGACAGUGCUUUUUGCAUUGUAGACAACCUCACAUUCCUCAUGUGGUCUCCCAUCGUAUCAUAUUGGGUCAUCCAAGGUGUAAGACUGACCACUGAGGACUACAUUGUCUAUUGCAUUCCCUCCCUCAGGGCGUUGAUGCCCUACUAUGUGGCUGACAGGAUCCUUCACAUCUGGGUGAAUCCAACGAAGCAGCGUCUUAUCCACCAUCUCGGGGUCCUUAUUACAGUUGCUUGCUUCACUGAGUUGAACCCCUCUGUGCAGAGCCUGGCUAUUGGUGCAUAUGGAAGCAUUGUUGACGCUUUCCACAAGGCUAUUGUUGCUUGGGGUACGCUGUGCCGCUUCACCCGAAGCCACUCCAGGAACCAUCCAGAAUGGCGAAAGGGCAAUGUGGACAUUGAUGCCAGACAAGGCAUUGAUGGCCUUCUAGUCGGCAGGAGCCCAGAAACAAUGGCAUUCUAUGGCAAACUUGGGGCUUUCCAUGUCUUCAUGUUCUUUAUCGUUGUUCCUUUUGGAACACUGACUGUCUAUUUUGCACGACACUGGCAUACUCUUCCUUUCGCCAACCGAAUUAUCCAGCCUAUGAUCCCAUUCUUCUUUACUCUUGUGGAUGUGCCUCUGUACAAGGCAUAUUGGAAUACCAGCCACCAGUCCUAUUGGGAGAAAGACUUUGGGAACCGAGGAGGCACACCAGAUAAAAAGAAGGCUAGCAGUUCUGACGGAGGACAAAGCCUCACAGACCAGACGACCCCCAAUGAGGCAGGCUUUCUGACUCCGACCGAAGCUUGCUUUUUCGACCACUCAUCCAGGGAACAACACUAUCAAGCGCCAGAUGUUGAUUGCUAGAGUGCUGGUUUACAACGACCCAACCUUUCUCUUUGCCAUCUAUGGAGGCUGCUACGCACAGUUCCUUCAAAGAUGGCCGACAUGACAUCAUCUUUUGACCCCCAGAUCCAACUACAUCGUACCCAUAUAUAGCUUUCCACCGGAUGUCGCCACCUCGUCUCAAGUUUGAAACGCCCCCCUUCGCCUCCCCCCUUCAAAACUAGCUAGUGUGUACCGACUAAUUCCCUUCUAUCUCUCUACUUGUUCAAUUCGAAAGCCAAGCUCUACCAACUCCAAAAGACCCUUCCAGCACGAAUCAUACGGGGAACUUGCGAAGCAACUGUGCUGACUAGCUAGCUCGAGCUGACUAUAGAGAGGUUUGUUCUCGGAACGCUAUCGUUCUCGGACUGGAACGGUUCUGGCUGCGCGUGUAGCUUUACCA